CAAGUAAUAGUGACAGCGCCGCUUCCACGAGACUUCUUUCGUGACGCAUUUCUAUUUAUAUUUUAUAUUUACGAAAAAAACUUGAAAACAAACAAAUUUCAAUAUUAAUUUUAGUCUUACUUUUCAAUUUUCAUAGCUAAAAAUUAAAAUAACGCUCGACACUUUAGAACUUGUGUACAUAACACACAAAAAUGUUGAAUAAAGUUUUGCUAUCAACCGAUGUAGCUCUAGUUUGUGUCCAACAUGCUCUUUCGACGGAGAAGGAAGAAAUAAUGGGUUUGCUGAUAGGAGAGGUGCAUAAUAAUGGAAGCCUGGUCUCUAUAGUGUCUUCAGUAAUACUACGUAGACUAGACAAAAAACCAGAUCGUGUUGAAAUUUCGGAGGAACAACUAGUUCAAGCAACAUUAAGAGCAGAAGAAUUAGCGGCAGAAGUAGGAAGACCUCUAAGAGUAGUUGGAUGGUAUCACUCUCACCCACAUAUCACAGUUUGGCCAUCUCAUGUUGAUUUAGCAACUCAAUCAAUGUAUCAAAGAAUGGACUCAAGUUUUGUUGGAAUAAUAUUUGCCGUUUUCCUUUCUGACCAAACAGCAAAAGCACCAUCGGUCCAAAUAACAUGUUUCCAGUCAGUGGAUGAAGGAUCAAGUCAAGGACGGCGAGAGAUAGAGUUGGAAAUAACAAAUUGUAAUGAUUCUUUAAUGAAGAAUAACUUUGAAAUUCUAACUCAACUACCAACAACAUUAAAAGAAGAAGAAGAUGAAGCAUUUAAAUUGGAAGCAGGAGAGACUGAAGCCGAUGACAUAAUAAUAAAACAGCACAAUACAGCUGUUAGAACUAUUGCAAUUGGUCAUAUUGUGGAAAAGGUAUCACGGCCCAUGCUAGAAGCUCUUGUAACAAGAAAUGCAAUUAACAGUGUCCGUUUAAGGGCUUUAAAAAAACAACAUCAGGAUUUAAUGUCCAGAUUAGAUAAUAUGCCAUGUAAUAUUUAAUUAAGUACAAGAUAUGUGAUCCUAUACAAUCGUUUAAAAAUACACCUUAUUAAGCUAAACCUUAA